GAGGGCGGUCGACUCCACCACCGGCGCCUCGCCCGCCAUGACACAGCGGCCCCGCGCGGCCGCAGCAGCUGUCCGGUCGACGCGCGCCCAGUAGCCAGCUGCAGCUGCGAUGGAGCGUCGCGGCGCCGACUGAAGCGUCGCAGCCCGCGGCCCGCCAAUGGCGGACGCCGACCACAACUUCGACGACGAGGAGCUGGUGUCCAGCAACGCGAACCAGCGCAACUGGCGCGGCAUCCUGAUCGCGCUGCUGGUGAUCGUGGUGGUGCUGGCGCUGAUCGUGACCUCGGUGGUGCUGCUGACCCCGCCGGACGAGGGCCCGCGCGUCAAGGGCCGGCGCUUCAAGCUGCACGAGGUGCUGGGCGCCGACUUCGCGGCGCUGCGCCUCAACGGCAGCUGGGUGUCCGGAGAAGAAUUGGUGUUCAGGGACCAAUGGGGUGGCAUCAGCCUGCUCAACGCUGCCAACAUGACAACACGAAGUCUCAUGACCAAUCAGACAUUCAAGCGGCUGAACCCAGCCAGGUUCUCCAUGUCCCGAGAUCACCGGUUCAUACUCCUGGCACUCAGCGUCCAGAAGCUGUUCAGACACUCCUACCUGGCGCAGUACAUGGUGUACGACAUAGCUACAAUGGACACGUUCCCGCUGACGCCUGGGCCAGAGGCGGACGGACAGCCCUACCUGCUGCUCGCUGAUUGGGCGCCGCGCGGCUGCGCCCUCGUCAUGGUGCACGACUACGACAUCUACUUCCGGCCGUCUGCGCGCGCGCCGCACAGCUACCGGGUCACCGCCAGCGCUGUGCCGGGCAUCGUGGGCAACGGAGUCGCCGACUGGCUCUACGAGGAGGAGAUCCUGCGGGCCAGCCGGGCGCUGUGGAUGUCGGACGACGGCCACAUGAUGCUGUACGCCACCUUCAACGACACGCGCGUGGAAGAGCAGCGCUUCCCCUGGUUCGGCGCGCCCGACGACCGUCGCUACCCGGAGAUCAGGAGCCUGCGCUACCCCAAGGCGGGCACGCCCAACCCGCUGGUGACCUUGUGGGUGGCUGACCUCGCCGACCCCAAGAACAUCCGCACGAGAGACCUGAAGCCGCCCGCCGCCUUCAAACACACCAGCGAGUUCUACUUCACAGCGGUGACGUGGGUGAGCCUGACUGAGGUGUGCGUCACCUGGAUGAACCGGCCCCAGAACCUGUCCAUCAUCACGGUGUGCAAGAGCCCCAUGUGGUACUGUCAGGAGACGCACCGAGUGAGCGGCGAGGGCCGAGGCUGGGUGGACAUCCAGGACGCGCCGCUCUUCUCCCAGGAUGGCAACACGUACGUGACCAUCGCGCCGGUGCGCGACGGCCCCGCGGGCCACUUCAAGCACGUCAUAUCCGUCAACAUUGCCAAGAAGCGCGUGCUGCCGCUGACGCACGGCCGCUUCGAGGUGGCGCGCAUCCUCGCCUGGGACCACCAGGAGGGCCUCGUGUACUUCCUGGCGGUGCCCGAGGAGCGCCCGGGCCAGCUGCACCUGUACCGCACCGCCUCGUCGACCCCGCGCACGGGCGAGGCCCUGGUCAGCCCGCAGUGCCUCACCUGCCACCCGGAGCAGCCGCAGCCGCCGCGCGGCUUCUACGGCCGCGCCGCCUCUUCCUCCUCCGCCUCCGCCGCCGCGGACGACUGGCCCGACGAGGACCCACUCGAGGCCGCCUCCGCCGCCGCCGCCUCCACCGCCCCCCCGCCCGCCCACACUCACAGGAAGGGCUACGUGGCGAGGCACGCGGCCGACGCGACCCAGCAGCUGCUGCGGCCCUGCCAGUACCACAACGCGGCGUUCAGCCCCGGGCUGCGGUACUACGUGCUGGAGUGCCUGGGUCCCGGCGUGCCGACGGUGCGGCUGUACGAGGCCCGCGGCGGCCGCGCGAGUCCACCGCGCCUCGUCGCCGCGCUGCAGAACAACUCGCGCCUGCUGGAGCUGGCCGCCAGGAUGGCGCUGCCGCAGGUCAAGACGUUCCCCGUGCAGAUCUCGGGCGGCUACCACGCGCAGGUGCGGCUGCACCUGCCGCCCGGCCUGCGCGAGGAGGAGAUCACCAAGUACCCGCUCGUCGUGCAGGUGUACGGCGGGCCGGGCACCCAGCUGGUCACGGAGCGCUGGAAGCUGGACUGGAACACGUACCUCGCCGGCAACAGGGACUUCAUCGUGGCGCAGAUCGACGGCCGCGGCUCGGGCGGCCAGGGCAGCCAACUGCUGGGCGAGGUGUACAUGCGGCUCGGCUCUGUCGAGGUGGCUGACCAGCUCGAGGUGACAGAGUACCUGCGCGACUCGCUGCACUUCGUGGACAAGCGACGCGUGGCCGUGUGGGGCUGGAGCUACGGAGGCUUCGUGGCCGCGAUGGCGCUGGCCCGCGACCAGGACGUGUUCCACUGCGGCAUCUCGGUGGCGCCCAUCGUCAGCUGGAAGCUGUACGACUCGGCGUACACGGAGCGCUACAUGGGCCUGCCCAACCUCACGGGCAACUACAAGGGCUACGAGGAGAGCGACGUGAGCCGGCGCGCGGACAAGCUGCGCGACAAGAUGUUCUACCUGGUGCACGGCACGGCUGACGACAACGUGCACUUCCAGCAGAGCAUGGCGCUGGCCAGGGCGCUGGCCGAGCGCGGCGUGCUGUUCCGCCAGCAGGUGUACCCGGACGAGAGCCACAGCCUCAGCCGGGUGCGACGCCACUUGUACCGCUCCAUGGCGGGCUUCCUGGACGACUGCUUCCGCAAGCAGGUGCCCCCGGACCUGAAGGCGGGCCUGCGGAACGGCGGCACCAGCGGCGAGUGAGCGGGGGCCAUUUCCCGUCCGCCCCCUCUACCCCCCUCACGACACCGGCUCCUGGGGUGAGCAGCCGUCGCUUCUGUCUCUCUCUUCCAGCUGCCCGGCGGUGAGACGACACCCGUCGACCACUUGUGAGCAGGGACGAGAUUAUACGGUCCGUUUGCGAUGAAGCCUAUCGAGCACCGAUGUUUCAAGUCGGCACACUGCGAAGCACAUAAACGCUAACUAAUCAGCCUUUUUUCAAUUUAAACCUAACUCUAGAUGGAAAAAUAAGGGGGGGGGGGGGGGGUUUGUCUGUAAAGUCGGUUCACAGACGAUAAUUUUACGUGAUAACGUCAUAAAGAAAUCAUUGUUGAAAUAUUCAAUACUUUUUUUUAUUUUUCAAAUUUUUUUACGGUGUUUUGCAAUUUUUAUUUUAAAUAUUUUGUUUUGAAUAUGAUCACGAACAAUUAGUUAAAAAGGCCCGCCUUGACCUGUUUGAUAUUACAGAAGAUUUUCUCGCACUCGGUGGUUGGUCGGUUCUUGCACACUCGGCUCAGGCGGAACGUGGCAAUGAGUCUUGCUUUUUUCAUGCGUGCAGCCGGCGUUCAUAGAUUUAUAAGGCGUUAUCACGUUAAAAAUAUCUACUCUUCAUUGAAAGUUUGUAGCACAAUUAAAAAAAAAAAAAAAAUGUUGGAAAAAGUUGAAUUAUUUUUAAUCUUACUCAUUCUUUUUUACAUUACGACCAUUAGAAAACUUUUCAAACACAGAAAUACUCAAACAGAUUUUUUUUAUUUGUUCCGAAAAGUUAGACAUGCAUAUUACAAAUCAUUAUUUCGAUAAAGUCCAUCUUGUAUCAGUCGAAAUGACACUUUUUUGGAGAAAUUAGUACAUAUCCUGGAACAUUUAAGUAUCAUAUUUGUUCAGUAAAACGGUAUCGACAGAUUCAUUUAAAAAUGAAAACAAUAAUACCGAGAUCUCCUGUUUGAAGAAUGAAAUAGGCCUGAAAAUACAUAAAACCAUAAAAUCUCGCCUCUACUUAUAAGUACGUAAUAAAUUAAGGUCAUGUCUUAAAAGCAAAAUAUUUUCUAAUAUAGAAAACUCUUGAUUUUCCCUAAAGUUCAAUAUUGUAAUAAGUAUUUCAUAUUGGAUGACUGAACUGUUUGGCAAAUAUUCUGCCACACUAUACUACCUUGAUGUUUAAAACAAAACAAUUGCAUUGGUUCAAAUUUAAAGCCUUUUUGUUAGCAAUGUGUUGUAAAAUUUACUUAGGUUCAUUUAUGUAUGAUUUAACAGAUGUGAUAAUGUAUAUUGUAGCUUCAUGGGAAAUGUUUAAGUUUGUGUACAUACUUAUGUUACUUAUAUUUUUAACAUCCUCUAUGCAGAAAAAUAAGAAUACAUAUUGAACAUAAGGUGAUAAAUAAGCCAAUAAAAAAGGACAUUUCAGUUUCAAGCACUAGAAAUAAAAUGUUUUCACAACAACUGUGGAUCAAGCAGAAAUUUUUAGAAUUCUAAACAGUACCUACAUUUUAUAAAAAAAUAAUAUCAGUAAAAUUUGGUUUCAAUUUACUUCUUUCUCUGUAGUAUGAAUCUGAUCAUACACGUAAAACAAUUAUUAAACCUUAGUCACCCAUAACAGCAUACAAGGGGAUGAAAUAAUUAUGAAACAAUAAAAUGUGAUUAAAGUUAUUAAACAAAAAGUGAUACUAAAAGUGCCAAAUGUAACUGUAAACUGAUCAAAACUUUCUUCUCGAAUGUGGUGGUGUGCAUCUAAUAUUCUGUGGAAGCUGUCUGCAUCGUUGUGUUUGGAAAUGACUGUCUUUGCUCCAAUGGAUCUUGGUUUUUGAGUUUUUUCAUUUCUAUAUUUGAUAGCCAUUUUAGAAUUUCUGUACCUGUUUCUUUAAUUAUACAAUCAGGUAGAAAAGCCCUGUAGAUCAACUAAGUCUUCAAAACAGUCGAGAGCUAUUUCACAUUUUUAUUUUUAUAAAGAUAGUGUUGUGAAAAUACACGUAAUGCAAACCAAAGAAGAAAGUGAAGUGAUGAUUUAAUAGGCUUUGACUCUUGGCAUGUGAAGACACUUCAAUAGGAAAUUAGGGUGAAACCAAAAUUUUUGGAAACAAAUACUUUCUUUAUUCUGUUGUUUCAAAGAUAAGAUAGUGAUUUCAUUGUAAAUGUUUUUUUUUUUUAUAUUUUAUAUUUAUAUGGUUAGCCAAGCAUAAACAUGGAACAUGUGUUUACUUAAAGAAUCAUAAAUGUACCAACUAUAACCACUUAUUAUGCUCUCAAGAUUUAAUUAAAAGAAAACACAUAGGAAUAUCAAAUUCUUAGAGAAAAAUUUAUAAAGCUGAAAUUUUUUAUGAUUAAUUUUCAUUAAAAAUGUAGUCCACUAAAGUAAACACACUUUACUAAUAUCAAACUGCUAUUUAGCACUUGUGCAGUGUGUUAUUGAAAGUCGGGCAGUUAUAUAUUUAUUCAGCUUGUGUUUAAAUUAUCAUUAAAAGAAACAGAUUUUUUUUUGAGAAUAUAAAGAAAAAUAAUUUGUGAGAGUAUUUGCUUGUUUUUUGUAUUUUGGAAGUUAUCAAAAAAUAAUUUUUAAUUGUGUUUUGGUGCUGGUUUGCAAAAUAAAAUUACCUAGUGAAUUUAUUAAAUUUUCCUUACACAAAUAUUUAAAUGCACAUAAUAUGUAACGAAAAAGGAUUUUUUUCUUUAAAUCUUUUUAUAUUAGUGGUUUUAUAUAAAAAUAAAAUACUUCUCAAAAGUCAAAAAUAAGUAUCUUGUUUUAACAUUGAAAAAUUAUAAAAACACAAAUUUAGGUAGUGUUGUGCAGAUUCUAUUAGCAGGUAUUGAAACAAAAACAUUUUUAAAAUUUUGUAAACAUUGAUAAUAGAAAAAUACCACUUUUGCUUUCAUCAUAAAUGGUAACAGAGUAAUACGCAUGACUGAAUUCAAAAUUUAACUUGAAAAUUUCUAGAAACAAAUUUAGAGCCAACUUAAAAAAAAAACACUAAUUGGUCUUAAAUGUUUAUUUAUUACAUUAAAUUAUCUGUAAUUUCUACAGGUAUUAAAAUUUUCUUUAUGUGAUCUUAAUUUUGUGAGUGAACCUGUACUAACUGACAAACAUAAAAGUCAUAUAUAAUAGUAUGCCUUUUUGCUGUUGAAAAAAAUUCCAUGAUACCUAAAAAUAAUAACUUGUAAAUAGCUUGGUAGAUAAUUCACAGUGUCUCUGAAACUGAAAAUUGAAGGGUCCAAAAAGUUACUGUCAUGUUCCCAAGUACUUAGAUGUUAUUUACGGCUGUAAACUUUUGAUAAUAAAAUAAAGUCCCAGACUUCUUUCUUAUCAGCAAUAAUUAAACUUGAAUCACAACUAAUGCUAUUAUCGUAACAUUGAAUUUAAAAAAAAAAGUGGUCACACAAUAAAUUGUUCAAAUUAAUUACAAAUCGUAUUGCAGCAAAACAAUUACAUCGUAAAGCAUGUUCUUCGUAAGGCCAAGGUGACAACUCUAAACACAGUUAAAAUCACCGAUCAGCAAUCACUAACAUGUCCUUGCUACACUUUAUUUUAUAUUUCUGGCUGGAAAAAUAUUCCAAAAUCUCAAGUAGUGUUUCUCGUCUCUUCUACUUUGUUGUAUGAAAUCUCAGAUGUAGAUACAUAGUGAUAAUUUUUGGCAAUUUUACCAUUACACAAAAAAUUUUUUUGGUAGUUUUAAAUAUAACAGAAUGUACAAAAACAUUUUUAGAUAUAGGCAAUUUUAAGGAAAUAUUUGAAUUAAAAAUGAAAAAAAAAAAUCUUUCAAACCUUACUGAAAGUUAUCUUGUUAAAAGUAGUUUGUACAAAAACUAUGUAUAUAUGUAAAGAAGAUUCUUAGAAACUAUUUUAAACUGUGUUCAUCAAGAAAAAUGAAAGAAUUAACUUGUGAUGUAUAUAACACUUUUUGUCAUGUUUUUAAAACAACCUGAUUAACAUACCAUAGAUUUCUUUGAAAGUAUCUGUAGGACAAAUAGAUAAACUUCUUUUAGCAUAAUGGUAAUGAAGAUAAAGUGCUACCUAAUGUUUAACACUUAUCCUGUAUUUUUGUCGUUAGUGUUUAUGUUCAAGUAUCCAACAUUUUGGUGACUGAACGCUAGCUACUACGAAAAUACUUGACACGAGUAUUUUUCAUUUGCUAUGAAAAAACUGUAACUAGUAACAAAAAAAAGUUAAUACAGUGUAAGUUAUUAAGUUGUUAAAAUUAAAAUCGAAGUUUUUGAAAUGAAAAUAAUGUGGAGUUUCAAAUGCAUGUCACUGUGGUAUAUUGCAAAAUACUAGCUCGCAGCUUAGAGCAUGUCUUUAAGAAAUAUUAGCUGACUCAAAGAUCUAGUAUUAAAUUGUAUGCAGCAACAUGCAGAUACUGUUUGAAGGAAAUUGUGGUUCUAUUUUUUCUCAUAAUUAUAUUUCCCCCUUUAACCAGUAAACAAAUGCACAUAAAAAUUUUUUGUAUAAUUAAUUGCAGUAUUAAUUGUAUUAAGCAGCUUGCAGUUUAGCUCAUUUGACUUCUUUAAAUGGAAAAAAAAAUUUUGCAACAGUGCCUUCAAACAUUUUGAUGCACAACAAAAGCAAGAACCCUAACACGUAGAUUGUACACACUUUGUAGUAAUGCUACACACUGCAUGUUGUUGCUAUGGUAGAAGAAUUUUAUUAAUGUCAGCAACGCUAUUUUCCUGUCAUUUUUCAAUUUAUAACAAAGAGUUUAAAUUAAUUCAUUAAAAUGAAACAGGGACAGUGCAGUAGUACAGUUUUUCUUUUUGAAAAUAUUUUUUAUGUGUAUGAAUUUUUCUUUGUAGUAGAUUUUUUGAAAUUUAACAGAGCCUUGUAGAAAAAUGUUUUUUUGAAAAACUUACAUAUUGGAAACACUUAGGUUCAUUGGCUGCUGUAAGAUCUAAGGCGUCGAUGCUGAUAUGGCAAAAUUAAAUAUUGUGCUGCCAUUUAGCAUUUAGUACUGGUCCGUAGCAGUUUAUCAACUUACUGCAUUUUCACUGUGCUGUUCCUGUAAUUUUUGUCAUGUAUGUCUUUGUAGAUGAUGGAUUGUGGUGACUCGAAUCAGCACAACACUAAGUUAAAAAUAUGUUAUUUAAACAGAACUAACUGGAAGGCUGUGAUGAGACAGACAGUGGCAGUCCUUUUCGAAAUCAUCUGUGAAUAUGGAUUAUGCACAUUAAUGUUUAGUAACUUAUGUAUAUAUUAAGACAUAGGCAGUACCUACAAAAUUUUGAAGGAUUAAAGGCUUCGCAACUUUACAAAGAGUUUCAUGAAUGUACAGUUAAGUAACACCCUGAGUGACAUAAUUUGCGACGCAACGUACAUAAAUUUGCCGUUUGUGAAUGAUUUGCCGAUGAAAGCCGUGAAAAUCACCAAAAAAAAAUGGCUUCUAACAUACUUUUUCUGGGGAGUAUUUUCCUACUGCGGUGCAGAAAAUCUACUCUUAGCUGUAAAUGCUGAGGCAGUUUAAAUAACAUCUGCUUUGUCGGUUCAGAAAUUGUGGUCUAAAGCCCUUUCUCCGGGCACGUUUUUUGCAGUCACACUUGUGGUUACUUGUUUUCACACUGAUGAUGUAUAAAAUGAUAGUGAAGAGACUACAUAGAUAUCAUAAUAAUUUAAAUUUCCAGUAUAAAUGGUAUACAAAGGAGUUUUCAGGUGUCAUAUAUUUGUAAAUUUUGGCCUGUGGCAUAUCAUUUGUGUGAAAACAUGCCUCCAAGUUAAAUUUAUAAUACAGUGUUGAUAAAAAAAAAAUGUGGGUGUGUGUACUUACGUAUGCGCGUUAGAAGUUAUACUUACUUGACUUAAUUAAAAGCUAACUUUAAUUUUGCAUGCAAAUAAUUAAUAGAAAUAAAAUACUUAAAGACAGGAGUGAUAUUGUAGGUAAAUACGGUUGGUAAAGUCUAAAAUCUUCAAAGUAAAAAAAUAAAAAAUAAUAAUCAGUAUUCCAUUUUAUAUUAUAAUAUAGUGAAAAGUGAAAACCAAUAAAUAUGCUGAAUGUAUAUUCUAAUUUAAUAAUUUUAGUUAUUUAUUAAAUAAUAAUGUUAUAAUUUAUAAUGCAAAUAAAUUAUACAUAUAGGGACAUAACCUCAUUUAUAUAAAUAGCUUACACUUGAAAAAUUUUAGGAACACAAUUUCUAUCACAAAUAUUCAAAAUAAAUAAAUGUUUUUAUGAUAUGGAGCAGUAUUUAAUCACUAAAGUAUAAGGUUUAAAAGAACAUAUAUAAUUUUUAUUUGUAUGUAGCUUUUUUUUUGUGUGUAACUUUUUAUUCAUCCUGUGAAAAUUUUGUUGCAUGUUGCACGUACAUCGUAAAAAUUCAUUCUUAUCAUUAUUUCAUAAUGCGCCUUAAGAAGUAUAACUUCAAAAAUUUUGUGAAAUAUUUAUUAACAGUAAAAUGGUUGUUGGUCACUGUGUGUUAUAUCAACCUGUCGAACUACCAAAUUAAAGUUUGUACAAAAUGUAUGUUGCAAGAAGGAAAAUGGAUAAAGAAAUGUUUUCACUUGGAGAAUAGAAAUACAUACGAAUUUGAAAGUUUUGUGAUGAUUUGAAAUAAAUACCUAAUGGUUAUGUCAGUAGGGGUGUUACUUCAGAUACCUACUUUAAAAAAGCAGUCGUUAAUACCUCACUUAACUUUUGUUAAAUGUAUUUGAAACUUAUUUAUAAAUUUGUUGGUAUUUAAUUUUUUGUGAAAUUUAUUUUAGAAUGUAAUUGCAUAUCAGACAUGAUUGUAAAAUGUAUACAUUUUUAUUUAUAAUUAAAAUUUUAU